AUGCCCGGGCAAGGGCGGGGGGAAGCGGCUGGAGGCCAGGAAGCGGGCUGGGGUCGAGGGGACCGGGGCUGGGACGACCCCAGGGCCCUGCCCGGCCGCCUUCCCUCCCUCCCUCCCUCCCUCUCCGCUUCCCUCCCCGGCCGCCCGCACACGCCGCCAUUCCGCGCUGCCUGGCCCGUUCGCCCGCCGGACACCCCUUCCCCGCCCGGCGGGCGCUGCCAGGCACCCCCUCCCCACAGCCGCCAUUCCAUCUCUCCACAGUUCCACGCGGGACACCCCUCCGCCAGCGGGGGCUCGGCGGAGCGUCCCCACCCCGCUCCACGUCUGCUGACAGCCGGCUGCUGGGAGAGGGAAGCGCCGGGCUGGGGCGUGGGGCGGUGGGGUUGGGAGGGCUGCGUGGUGGUCCCACGGGGCGAGUCCCCCCGCGUGGGGAAGUGGAAGAGCAAAGGGAGAGGCAGGGUGGCCGCCGCCGCCUCCGUAUCCUACCCACCCGUGCCGGCUCUCGGUCCCUCCCUCGCCGCCUCGGCCGUGUGGAGUCGUGGCACUCUCCGCCGCUGUCUGGCCGGGCUCGGCCCGGCCGGGUCCGCCCCUGCCGCUCCGCGCCGCGCCGCGGGGCCCACUCAGCGCGGCGGGGCGGGACCGGGCCGGGACGCGCCGCCCCGGCGCUCCUGGGGCGUGUAG